GAUUGCAUUUCCAUUUAAUCCAACAAGAAAAAUAGAGUGUUGGGAGCUGAGUUUAGCAGGAAAUGUGGUUGUUUAGCAGGAAAGGGGCGUCUGGGUUUUCAGCUUCUUCUACAGCUGAAGAAGUUACACAAGGGAUUGACGGCACUGGUCUAACCGCCGUCGUCACAGGGGCAUCAAGUGGUAUUGGCACUGAAACCGCACGAGUUCUUGCACUGCGCGGUGUCCAUGUAGUUAUGGCGGUCAAAAAUAUGCCUACUGGGAGGGAAGUUAAAGAAACAAUAGCUAAGAGAAAUCCCAAUGCCAAAAUUGAUGCAAUGGAAUUAGAUCUGAGUUCAUUGGCAUCAGUGAGGAAAUUUGCUGCUGAUUUCAUAUCCUCUGGUCUUCCACUCAACAUCCUCAUUAACAAUGCAGGAAUCAUGGCUACACCCUUCAUGCUUUCAAAAGAUGGCAUAGAAUUACAGCUCGCCACAAACCACGUAGGACACUUCCUCCUAACACAUCUAUUGCUGGAAACCAUGAAGAAAACAGCACAAGGAAGGACAGAAGGAAGAAUUGUAAAUGUCUCGUCCCGUCGUCACAAAUUCUCAUAUCCAGAAGGUAUUCGAUUUGACAAAAUCAAUGAUCAAUCAGGGUACAACAGCUUAUCUGCAUAUGGCCAGUCAAAGCUUGCCAAUGUCUUGCAUGCUAAUGAACUUGCAAGACGUUUAAAGGAAGAUGAAGUGGCCAUAACUGCAAAUUCGCUUCACCCAGGUGCCAUUGCAACCAACCUUUUUCGACAUUCCAACCUUAUCAAUGGUCUUGUUGGUCUUGUUGGUAAAUAUGUCAUUAAAAACGUGGAGCAGGGCGCAGCAACCACAUGCUAUGUGGCAUUGCAUCCACAAGUUACGGGGAAGACUGGCCUCUAUUUUGCAGACAGUAAUGUAGCUGAAACUAGCUUACAAGCUAAUGAUAAUGCCUUGGCAAGGAAACUCUGGGAUUUUACUUUCACUUUGAUCAACAACUGUCCUAACAACACUUGAUAGGCAUCAGCGAAAUUUAUACUUUUUUUUUUUGGAUUUUUUUAAUGGUUUUAGUGAUUUGGAUUAAGGUAUUCCAAAUUAAAUUGAGUAUGAUAUAGGAAAAUACAAUAUAUUUUCAUUUUUCUGUGA